AAGGGACUCAAAUAUCUAGGUCUCCAAUGUCACUAUAUAAAGCUCGCUAACCUUCUCAUUCAACUUCAUCCCUUCUUUCGUAAUCAUAACUACAUAUAUCAAUCGCUACCUUUUUUCACGCACUCCCAACCAAAGCUUUCCAAAAAAACUCUUUACACAUGAUAAAACUAAGGAUUUACUUGCUAGUCCUUGCUACCAUCCUCGGGUGCACCACCGCGGCCCGUGUCGCCAUCUCACCCACCACAGACUUCAUCAAAGCCUCAUGCAAAACCACCUUGCACCCGCCUCUAUGUGUCCGAUGUCUCUCAACCUAUGCUAACUCUAUCCAAGGAAGCGAUCACCGCCUCGCCAAAGCAGCCGUUACAGUCAGCCUAAAAGACGCCAAGUCAGCAGCCGCAUUCAUUUCUAAACUAGCUCGACUCUCCGGGAUAAAACCCCCAGAGCAUCAAGCCGUUAGAGACUGCAUCAGUACCAUGACCAACAGUGUGACAAGUCUUAGCCAAUCGGUUCAGGAGCUCGAGCGGAUGGCUCGCACCAAGGGUGAAGACUUCGACUGGCACAUGAGCAACGUGGAGACUUGGGUGGGCUCGGCUCUUACUAAUCAAAACAUAUGUGGCAGGGGGUUUACUAUGAAUGGACAUGUGAAGGAUGUUGUGACCAAGAGGAUAGUUUAUGUGUCACAAGUCACUAGUAAUGCACUGGCUUUGGUCAACAGGUUUGCGGUCAGGCAUAGAAAGGGUAUUCAUAAGCCGUGAGUCUAUAAGAUGUGCCCCAUAAGAAUACCAAGAAAUAAAUGUACAAUACUGAGUAGAUAUUAGUUUGUCACAUGUACCACUUAUCGUUUUAUGUCGAACUGUAUAAACAUAGUAGCAUGUUUUAUAGUAGCAUGUUUUUCAUAUAAGUGAAGCCAUCACUUCUUUAUGUUUU